GAGGUGCCCAGAGAGCCCUUAUUCUGGCGCCCGGCACCGCGGGGGCUGGGAAGCAGGCCGUGUCACGUCCCCAUGCCGCUGCGGCGCGGGGGAGCCGCCUGGCUGCUGCUCCCUGGACGAGAAGCACCGCUCACGGACCACUCUGGACAUCCUGUCGGACAACCAGAAGGGCGUGGCCUUCGCCGACUAUGGCUCACACUGGCAGCUGCACCGGAAGCUGGUGAUGGCCACCUUCGCCCUUUUCAAGGACGGCGACCAGAAGCUGGAGACGAUCAUCUGCCAGCAAAUCAGGCCGCUGUGCGACAUGCUGGCCACCCGCAGCGGACAGUCCGUGGACCUCUCCCUGCCUCUCUUCCUGGCCAUCACCAACGUCAUCUGCCUGAUAUGCUUCAACUCGUCCUACAAGGACAAGGACCCCGAGGUGCAGGUCAUCCAGACUUACAACGACGGCAUCCUGGACACGCUGGGCAGGGACAGCCUGGUGGACCUGUUUCCCUGGCUGAAGAUUUUCCCCAACAAAACACUGGAGACGUUACGGAACUGUGUCAAGUUACGGAAUCAUCUGCUGAAAAAAAUACUGGAACAAUACAAGGGCAAGUUCAGCAGCGACUCCAUCAGCAACAUGCUGGACGUGCUGAUCCAGGCCAGGAUGAACGCGGACAACGCCGGCGCCGCCCAGGACCGCGGGAUGCUUUCCGACAGGCACAUCCUGGCCACCGUAGGGGACAUCUUCGGCGCCGGCGUGGAGACCACCACCUCCGUGGUCAAGUGGACGGUGGCCUUCCUG